CCCGUGGGAGCGCAGCAACCCCAGAUAGCCUCUGUGCUACUACAGGGUCAGAGUUCAACUUGCCAGACAUCACAGUUGACAGCGAACCCAGUAUAAAAAGUGAGGCGCUCAAUGAACCUUUGGACAAGGAACUCACAGUUUGGCACUUCGACCGGCAGAUUGAACCACAUAUAUCAGAGACGUCUAAGGAGAUGAGCCUCAGUCCCAAGGUCAAGAAGGUUUACCUAGAGUAUGGUGGUUUCUCAGAGAACAAGACCACACAUUCAGCUGGGUCUGAGGGAUCCUCUGGGUCUAAGGUGGACACCCCAGUCUGUGUACAGAAGAGAGCAGUGCCACUGCAGUUCUCUGUACAAGAGCUGAGUGGGAGGGUGAGGAGGCUGCGGGGACAGCGUAGAGAGAAGGCUGAAGACGGGCUGUGCUACAGACUCUUCAGAGCCAAGAUUAGCCCUGGAGAGAACCAGAGUGCUAAGGAGGAGCUGAAGAAAGAGAUAAGCAAAGACAGUUUUAAGGACAUGGAGAUUUUGGACAUGGAGCAGUUUAACCUGGACUUCAUCAUAACUAAGCUGAACUUUGACCUCUUCAUGAUCGACCAGCACACCACUGACGAGAAGUACAACUUCGAGAUGCUUCAACAACACACCGCAAUGCAAGGACAGAGACUCAUCGUUCCACAGAAUCUCCACCUCAUGGCAGUCAGCGAGAACGUUCUUAUGGAGAACCUUGAGAUCUUCAGAAAGAAUGGCUUUGAUUUUCUCAUAGAUGAGGAUGCUCAGGUGAUGGAGCGGGUGAAGCUUGUGUCCCUGCCCACCAGUAAGAGCUGGAUGUUUGGUCCGGGGGACAUCGAGGAGCUCAUCUUCAUGUUGAGUGACAGCCCGGGGGUCAUUUGUCGGCCGUCUCAUGUCAGGCAGAUGUUUGCCUCCAGGGCCUGCAGGAAGUCGGUGAUGAUCGGUACAGCUUUGAGCACCAGUGAGAUUAAGAAGCUGGUGGUUCAUAUGGGGGAGAUAGAGCAGCCAUGGAACUGUCCACAUGGCAGACCAACUAUGAGACACCUUGCUAACUUGAACUUCAUCUCACAAGACUGAAGUUUACAUUGGUUUCUCAACCCAGCUGGACCGGCUCAGUAAGAUACACUGAAUACUUCUCAACAGUGUUGGCCUGCUCCUAUAUCUCUUAAUAAACACUAAGGUUGCAUUUCAGCAACAACAACAAAAGACCAACUCUCAUUAUGUAAAAUAAAUCACUGUUAGAUCAUUUUUUAUUGUCAAAUGUUGACUGAAAUUUUUUUAUUUAUAUUCUAAACAUGUAUUUUCUGUCUACUAUUUUAGGUACGCUUUCAAUAAAAUAAUCAAAA